ACGACGCUUGCGCCCUUAUCUCGUAGAGUUCAGUGAUCGUUGUGAUGCUACGGAAACGGAGGGCUGCUGUUUCAGGAUGAGAAAUUCUGAAAUAGGAAAGAUCAUCAUGAAGAAUUCUAGUUGUUCGUCUUGCCCUCUUGGCCCACCCCCAGACAUACUUCAUAUACCGCCACCACCGUUUCCAGAAUUUCUUCAACAAAGUUCAGACUUUUAUCCAAAUUUAGGCGCUCUGCCUUUCCCGCCAAACCUUAAUGAUAGUCCUUGCAAACACUUAUGCGAUCGACGUUUCGAAGGGGUGCAAUAUAUCGAAAUGCCACAGCAAGGCACCGUUUUUGACGAUACGUGGUUGUUAGUGCUGAUAUCAUCUUGCGUCGGUGUAAUUAUAAUUGGCGCAAUAUUGGCAACGUUUUUUUGGAAAUGUAAAUUAAAUAGAAGCGGUAAAAAUGGCGUAAUAUCAAUGCCAAAUGCAACAACCGGUAUGCAAACGAAAAAUGGAAGAAUUCAAAACGAAGCUGUUUUGUAUCCUUGCGCUGCUGAUACCAUGCAAGAUAGUCGUGUAAUGUGGGCAACCCUAACACCACGGGGUACCACUAGACAUUAUUUAGAAGAACAUACUUACGAAACUAUCGGCGGUGGACAAUUUCACAAGCGCGCUUGUUCGACAACACCAACCGAACAUGUAAAACUGAAGACGUAUGCCGAUCCUCCGGUUACAACUCCGGUAUAUGUCCGUCCAAAGGACGAUAAAGCUUUUGAUAAUACUGCUUUUGUGGAUUAUGAAGAGCCCUUAUCAGUUAAAACGGAAUAUUAUCAAUUGAAUGAUGUUUUGGAGCCUAAUGAUUCAGGUAUUCUUACGAUACAAAGGGGUACAUUGCGUCCUCAUGUUAGUUCUCCAACAAGAAUAGAACAUCCAAAUUUACCGCCAUUGAAUCUUCUUCCUCACAAGCGUAGUUCGAAAAAAGGUUCUAUCGGACAACACAAUUCAGAUACAUUAUUAAGAAGCAGCAUCACAUCUUCCACUUAUAUACCUACAAUAUAAUAUAUUAAUUACACUCCUUUAUUCUCCCUUCUCGAAAAUUCAAUAUAAUCAUCUAAACGCACCUUUUAUAUCCACAGUUAUCAAGUCCAAUCUAGUUACUCUAAAUACACCAUAUCUGUGUAAGUGUAAUAAACAAAAAAAUAUCCCUAAUAA